AUGGGCGGGCGGGUGGAUCACGAGUAUUCUUACCUGUUCAAGAUGGUGCUCAUCGGGGACAGCGGCGUCGGCAAGUCCAAUAUCCUCUCUCGCUUCACGCGCAACCACUUCUCCCUCGACUCCAAGUCCACCAUCGGCGUCGAGUUCGCCACCAAGUCCCUGCAGAUGGACGGCAAAACAAUAAAGGCUCAGAUCUGGGACACAGCUGGGCAGGAAAGGUACCGUGCAAUUACAAGUGCCUACUACCGUGGCGCCGUGGGAGCCCUCCUUGUGUAUGACAUCACAAAGAGGCAGAGUUUCGACAAUGUUCACAGGUGGCUUCGUGAACUCCGCGACCAUGCUGACUCCAGUAUUGUGAUCAUGAUGGUCGGUAACAAAUCUGACCUAACCCACUUGAGAGCUAUCUCUGAGGAUGAAGGCAAAGCGCUGGCUGAGAAGGAGGGAUUAUUCUUCCUUGAGACAUCAGCUAUGGAGGCUAUAAACGUGGAGGAAGCCUUCCAGACUAUUAUCACGGAGGUCUAUGGCAUUGUCAACAGGAAAGCGCUGGCUGCCAAAGAAGCAGGUGCUACCACUGCUACAUUGCCUUCCCAGGGCAAAACCAUCAGCAUUGACAGCACUGCAGGAAAUACAAAGAGGGCAUGCUGCUCUACCUAA